AUGUCUACCGUGCUCUCUCUAUCAGCUUCUUAUUACUCUUCUUCGCGUCUCUUCUGUCCCCUAUCAUCUCCCAACUCUCUUCUCUUCUUCGCACGCCGUUAUCGCAUUUCUCUCUCUGGCACGCGCCGUUGUCUUUCAGGUUCUCUUCGCCUAAUUCCUCUUUCCAAAUGCAAUAUCUCUUCAAUUGUAACUUUCUUUGCUGCGUCAGAGAAAGAAAAUGGUGUAUUUACGUCUCCUGAGAUUGCCAAAUCCUUCGACUUUACCGCGGAAGAACGCAUAUACAAUUGGUGGGAGUCUCAAGGGUAUUUUAGGCCGAACUUUGACAGGGGAAGUGAUCCUUUUGUGAUACCGAUGCCACCACCCAAUGUUACUGGUUCUCUGCACAUGGGUCAUGCCAUGUUUGUGACACUUGAGGAUAUUAUGAUUAGGUACAACCGCAUGAAGGGAAGGCCAACACUUUGGCUUCCAGGUGCUGAUCAUGCUGGAAUUGCAACUCAGGUUUGUUUACUGUGA